AUGGGUAUUUGUGGAAGUACGCCUAAAAAUUAGGAAGAUUAAGUUCAUAAACUAAAUCAACCAAUUAUAACUAAUGGAGAAUUAUAGAUUAAGGUAUUGCUAAAGAACAUUACUUUGAAAAUGACAGGUGUGAGACAAUGCUCUAUUGAAUUUGAUUUAGGGUAGUGUAAGUACACAUCCCCAGUGCAUAUAGAUAACAAUGGAGAUCAUUAUGUAUUUAAUUCAUAGAAGGAAGUGGCGAGCUAGUUUUGAU